AUGGCUUCUGCUACAAUGGAGUUUUGGAAUGUUAAUGAUUUCCAGCAGUCAACCGGUGAGCUCAUGGAUGCACUUGGGCCUUUCUUCAAGUCAAAUUACGAUAGUACCCUUGCUUUCUCUUCUCCUUCUACUUCUUACCCAUACCCUUCUUCUUCUUUCUCUUCUUCUCCUUCUUCUUCUUCUUCUCCUACUCAACAAGAAUCCGGAUUUUAUCCAGAUGGGUACACCCACGGAUUCUCGACCCAAGAUCCGUUUGGUUAUGACCAAUCCGUUUCCUCAUUCGGGUUGAACCAGCUGACACCAUCUCAGAUCCAUCAGAUCCAAACCCAGAUCAACUUACCUACCUAUAAUAAUUACUUGGCUCCGAAACCCGUACCCAUGAAGCAAUCCGGAUCACCUCCGAAACCCACGAAGCUUUACAGAGGUGUGAGACAAAGGCACUGGGGAAAAUGGGUCGCAGAGAUCCGUUUGCCCAAGAACCGGACCCGGCUUUGGUUGGGUACAUUUGAUGCAGCUGAGGAAGCCGCUCUGGCUUACGAUAUUGCAGCUUACAAGCUGCGUGGUGACUACGCGCGGCUCAACUUUCCUCACCUGCGUCAUAACGGAACUCACAUCGGCGGCGAGUUCGGCGACUACAAGCCGCUUCACUCCUCCGUCGACGCCAAGCUGCAAGCGAUCUGCCAGACGCUAGCGGAGGGGAAAAGCAUCGACGGUGGUAAGAAGAAAGGUUCAAAACGGUCAACGGUUGCAAAACCACGGACUGUGGUGGAGCAGCCGGAGGUCGUGAAGGUUGAAGGAUCGGAGAGUGAGGUAUCCGGCGGGUCUUCACCGUCGUCGGAUCUGUCGUUCCCGGAAUUCACGGAGGAGGAGAGCGCGUGGUGUGGAUCAGAUAAUUUCUUGUUGGAAAAAUACCCGUCGUAUGAGAUCGAUUGGGGUUCUAUCUAG